GGAUAAUCUCUUUUGACCGUUGUUUAUGCAUUGAAAUUUCAAAGGUAUACCUGUCAAAGUGAAUGAAUUAUUUGUUGUUUGACUAUGUCAAAUUAUCCAUAUCCCUGUAGUAGUUGACUUUGAGUGUACUAUCUGCACAAAACUGGCAUCUCUGUAUCUAAUUAGAAACCACCAGAAUCUUUUAGUUUCAAUUAGCAUGGUGGAAGGAUAUCUUGUUCCAAAUAUGAUUAGCAAUUCCAAUUCAUUAAUGUUGAUGAUGGUAUUAAUACUGGUUGGCACGGGGCCGGGGAUAUGCCACGGUGAAGAUGGGUGUGGAGGACACAGGUGCGGACGCCAUGGCCCUCCGAUUCGAUUCCCAUUCCGUCUUAAAGACAAGGAGCCCCCUCACUGCGGUUACCCUGCCUUUGAUCUCACUUGUUCUGAUUCUCAUGACACCUUCAUUGAGUUCUCUGCUUCUCCUGUCCCACUUAAACUCCUUGUCACUGAUAUCCAAUAUGAAUAUAACUAUUUCCGAGUCUCUGACACGCAAAAUUGCCUUCCCACCCACUUGCUCAAACUCAUAAAAAAUUCUUCCUCAAUUUCUCCUUUCCAGUUCAGUCGGGAUCAGACUCUGAACGAUGUAUCUUUCUUCAAUUGUUCACCCGAUCCGCAAUAUCAACUCUCCUGCCCCAUUUACGUUGCUGACAGCUACGAUUCACUCCUCAGUUCCAAUCUCGUAUCUUGCACCAAGAUUUUUGACAUUUCUUCAACCUUCUAUGACUCAGAAAUGGUAGAUUUGUACAAUACUUUGAAUUUGUGGUGGUCGAAACCUAAUUGUAGCAUGUGUGAAACACAAGGCAAGAGAUGUAAACUGAAGAACAAUGGCACUCAAGGUGAAGUUGAGUGCUUCCGCCACCAUCAUAAUAACUUGCUCUUUGGCUCCACAGGUGUUGUGGCAGGUUUAAUUCUGCUGGCAGCAGUGGCUACUGCAGUGUUUAAGAUCUAUCAACAUUUUAGAAUGAAAGGAGAAGAUCGAGCAAGAAUUGACAAGUUCUUGGAAGAUUACAGGGCACUCAAGCCUACCAGAUUCUCUUAUGCUGAUGUAAAGAGGAUCACAAAUGGUUUCAAGGACAAGCUGGGUGAAGGAGGUCAUGGAGCAGUCUUCAAGGGCAUGCUCUCCUCAGAAAUCGGCGUAGCUGUCAAGAUACUCAACAGCAACACGGAGGGUAAAGGAAAAGAUUUCACCAACGAGGUGGGAACCAUGGGAAAAAUUCACCAUGUCAAUGUGGUUCGCUUACUUGGCUUUUGUGCGCAAGGAGUUCAUUGUGCUCUAGUUUAUGAUUUCUUUCCAAAAGGUUCAUUGCAAAACUUCAUAUCCACGCCAGAUAACAAGGACGUCUUCCUUGGAUGGGAGAAGCUUCACCAAAUUGCCCUUGGUGUUGCUAGAGGCAUUGAGUAUCUUCACCAUGGUUGUGAGCAACAGAUCCUUCAUUUUGACAUCAAUCCCCACAAUAUCUUACUAGAUGACAACUUCACUCCCAAGAUUACUGAUUUUGGGCUUGCCAAGUUGUGUUCCAAAGAUCAGAGCAAAGUUUCAAUGACCGCAGCCAAGGGAACCAUGGGCUACAUUGCGCCUGAAAUUGUCUCAAGAAACUUUGGAAAUGUGUCUUACAAAGCAGACAUUUAUAGCUAUGGGAUAUUGUUGCUUGAAAUGGUAGGAGGAAGGAAAAACAUAGAGAUGGAAGUUGAGGGGUCUUUAAGGAUUUUAUACCCCGAAUGGAUGCACAACUUGCUUGAUGGGGGAGAUUUUCAUGUACACAUCGAAGAUGAGGAAGACAAUAAACUUGCAAAGAAAAUUGCAAUUGUUGGACUACAAUGCAUUCAGUGGCAGCCAUCAGAUCGUCCUUCCAUCAAAACUGUCAUAAGUAUGUUAGAAGGAGAUGCAGACAAAUUAAAUGUACCUCGUAAUCUUUUCGACUUAACAAAUUCUAUUAGCAGAGGACGACAAAUAACCCACCAGACAAGGCCUCUAAAUUUAGAGUUGGAGAGGAUAAAGAUAUUUUCAAAAAGUAGCAGUUACCUUCAAGUAGUAACAAAUAAAUAAGGAAGAAGUAACAAAUAUAAAAUAUGAAAAUAUAAUUAGAUACCUCAAGUAGUAAUAUGAAAAAAGGCCUAUUGGCACCCUUUUUUCUUGCCACGCUUUUAUGAGGAUAGCCACUGAUUUAUGAUUCGGCCACGCUUUUUUUUGGCACGCUUCAAAAGCGUGGCCAUAGAGAGAUUUUGGCACAUUUUUAUGAGGGUGGCCACUGAUUUAUGAUUUGACCACCUUUUUUUGUCACGCUUCAAAAGCGUGCCCAUAGAAAGAAACAGGUACGCUUUUAAAGCGUGGCUAGUUUGUCAGGAUACGGGGCACAUUUUUAAAGCGUGCCUAUAAACUCUAAUUAUUUGGGACCCUAAAAAAGCGUGACGAUAGGAUUCCCACUUAAUUUAAUUUCUCACUCAAACACUUAAUUUCUUUAUCAGAACACUCAAAAGAGCCCUAACUUAGAAGUGAGAACCCAAACCCUCGAAUCCUCUCCAUUACUCAACUAAGAACCCUAAACUUUCGCAGCUCUCUCUCAGUUCGCAGCCCUCUUCAUCACUGAGAAGUGAGAAUCCAUCGUCAUCUUUCAGGUCGUAGCCCGCUCUCAACUUGCAACCCUUUAUCCCUCUUUUACAACUCUUGGAAACUUCAAUCGGUGCUGCCUCCGCCGGCGC